AUGUAUUUCCGCUACACGUCCGCCCUCGCCCUCGUUACCUCCCCUGCUGCUGGCCCCCCAGCUUGCGUCGAGCAUCCGGGCUACGUAACGCUCACAGGCGGGAUAUUGAAUUACAAGUCCGGCUUGAAAACCCCCUUGGAGCCGACGUGGGGCGCUGUGUUCCCCAACAUGACAGCUGCUAAGUCUGCAUGCGAUGCCGACAGCGCCUGCAUCGGCUUCAACAGUCGCGGCUUUACGGUGACCUUGGCUGGUCUCGGGCCCGUGAACAUUGAACACGCGACCCAAUGCCUGUAUCUCAAGCAAGACGCGCCCUCGAGGUCCAACUACAUAUUGGUUCCGUUCCUCAAGUGGAUAGAGGCCUCGCAUUCCAGCGUUACUGUCAGGAUGCCUGAUCAGGAAGCGGCCAAAAAGGGGUGUGAAAGCUCGGCUUGCGCUGCUUGGAGCACGGAUGGUUUUUACGCUGUCGGCCCACUUUCUUUUACGGAGUUCCUUCCGAGCCCCACCGGUUCUUCAAUGUACCUGAGGCGUGCAUGCUUUGAAAAGCUUGGCUACAGCUCGCAGUAUCAGGGUUCAAACGUGGUUUCAGCAAAGUUCACCCGUUAUCCAAAGCCGGAAGAGGGCAUACGCGGCCUCGCCAACGGCACGGCACCGGGCGGCGCCAAGGCGGCAGAGGAAUACUGCAAUUUGGAUUACCGAUGCACCGGUUUUGAUUUCGAUGGCAACUUUGUAAUUGGUGCAACAAAAGUCGUCUACAGCAGGACCAGUAAAUGCGCAUACAUUAAAGACCCUUGUGCCCCCAUGCGUGGUUUUGCCGCCUACAACGACGUGAACAUCAAGCCCAUGUACAGCCCGAGCAGUCGGCCCAAUCAGACAGCCCUCGCGGACGCCUAUCAGACAUGUCUGGCCGACCCAUCUUGCCGGGCCUUCAACAACGCAAGAUACAUGUGGUCCACAGACUGGCUGGUCCCCGAGCUGGCGGAGAGCUACGUGGAGGAUGCCCCGGGCAUCUGCCUGUACUACAAGCUGUCGUAG